CAGUAGGUCUAAUUUGGAAACAUAUUUACAGGCUUACAGCCACGGAUUUCUUGAAUGCCCUAGCAAGUUACCACCUCUCUCUUCGAGCGGCGUCAAAUGUGACUCGAUAAAAUGUCUCGAAACGCAGACCAUUUUUCUUCUUCUCUCCACCUCAUUAUAUUCUCUGUUUUUUUUCUAAUUAUUUUUUCCUCAUUUUCGCUCUUUUUCCUUUCUAUAUAAACCCACAUUCACAUUAACGAAAAAACCUCUCUGUCCUUCGUUUUUUCUCUCUCUAACUUCGAGCUCAAAUCUUUACUCUCGAAAACUAAUUUCGCCAUUUCUCUUUCUACAUUUCUCAAACUUAGGGUUUCUAGAGAUUAACAUUGUUCAUAAAUAAAGCAAUCAAUUACAUGAUAUUGUAACAAAUUUCAUUGCGGUUUUUUAGAUUUGUAAUCGAUUCAUUGAAAUUGACAUUCAAGCUGAGAGAUUAUCGAAGAGAUAGAGAAAAAAACGGUAUAAUAUAAUGGCGGCAAGUUCCGCCGGUGGAUUUACGACACCAUUUUUAAGCAUAAAGCUUCGUGGUGAUUUCCACGACGACGUUUCAUUCCUUCGAGUCCAUUGCGGACGCUUCGAGUUCGGAAAAAAGUGUAGAAUUAUUUGCUGUUCUUCCUCGAACUCAGAUGUUUCAAGAAAUACUAUGCAUGGAGAAAAGAACGAAAAAUGGCGGCAGUUUGAUCGGAAGAAGAGUUCGCGUUCUACUAUUGCGCGUACAGUUCGAAGACAUGCUUUGCCUUCUUCACCUUUUGCUUCCCCUUCAGUUCGCUACCGUUCUAAACCUCGCUGUACUCCACGUAACUCAGGUCCACAAUCUCGUGACACACCACCCAAAAGAGAUACUGGUAUUGCAAAUGAGAAAGAUUGGGGCAUCAACUUAUUAAACGAAAAUGUGAAUGAAGCUGGCAUCAAUGAAGAUGGAAGCUCCUGGUAUCGUGAAGGCGGGGAAGAACUUGGUGAGAAUGGCUACAGAUGUAGGUGGACAAGGAUGGGUGGGCAAUCUGAAGAUGGCUCCUCUGAAUGGAAGGAAACGUGGUGGGAAAAAAGUGACUGGACAGGAUAUAAGGAACUAGGUGUUGAAAAAUCUGGAAGAAAUGCUGAGGGAGAUUCAUGGUGGGAAACAUGGCAAGAAAUGCUGCACCAAGAUGAGUGGAGUAAUAUAGCACGGAUAGAAAGAAGUGCCCAGAAGCAGGCUAAAUCAGGCACUGAAAAUGCUGGAUGGUAUGAAAAAUGGUGGGAGAAAUAUGAUGCUAAAGGCUGGACUGAGAAAGGGGCACACAAAUACGGCAGACUGAAUGAACAGUCGUGGUGGGAGAAGUGGGGAGAGCACUAUGACGGAAGAGGAUCUGUUCUAAAAUGGACAGAUAAGUGGGCCGAGACAGAACUUGGAACUAAAUGGGGAGACAAGUGGGAGGAGAAAUUUUUCACUGGCAUUGGUUCUCGCCAAGGUGAAACUUGGCAUGUAUCUCCAAGUGGUGAACGUUGGUCUAGGACAUGGGGUGAAGAACACUUUGGAAACGGCAAGGUACACAAGUAUGGCAAAAGUACAACAGGAGAAAGCUGGGAUAUAGUGGUGGAUGAGGGAACCUAUUACGAGGCUGAACCUCAUUACGGAUGGGCAGAUGUGGUAGGAGAUUCAACACAGCUGCUCUCAAUCCAACCACGAGACAGACCACCAGGAGUUUAUCCAAAUCCUCCUCCACCACCCAUUGAUGGUGGUUCAGACAUGCCUCCAUCUUCAUGACAAAGGGAAAGCAAAUUUUCCUUUGAUUGAUUUUCCUGUCAAGUUUAGUCUGAUAUUUAAACUCAAAUUAAUUUGCUUCGUUUAAAAUAGUUUCUAGCGGAUUCUCCUAUGAUUUAUCAAUUCUUUUGUCAAUAAAUAUCUCUGGGUUAAAAAUUAAACUG